ACAUUGGAGAAAUAUUGGCAGUCAGAAAAGAAAGAUUUGAAGACAAGUGUGGCAGUAGUGGACUCAAAUGCCCAGGGGCAAAAAAACUCUACUCUUCCAUGGUUUUGGUCAUUCAAGGUGCAGGCUGAUUCCACCAGCAGUGAUUGUAUGACCGAAUUCUACAGGGUCCAUUGGCUCCGCAUGAAGUCAUUGCGUGACCGGUGGGCCAAAGAGUGA